AUGUUGAAGAUGAGCGGGUGGCAGCGACAGAGCCAAAGUCAGAGCCGGAAUCUGAGAAGAAAGUGUUCCAGAAGGAAGUGUAUCUUCAUACACCACCACACUUGAAAGCAGGGCGUGAUCCAACUGCAGAGAUGGAAGCUGAGUCAUUGCCUUUCUCCUUUGGGACACUGUCCAGCUGGGAGCUGGAAGCCUGGUAUGAGGACCUGCAGGAGGUCCUGUCCUCAGAUGAAAAUGGGGGGAACUAUGUCUCACCCCCUAGAAACGAGGAGG